CUUUGUCUCUCUUUGCAGAGGCCCUCUCGGACGGUAUGCAGAGACCAUCGAGACGGACGUUGACAGCGACAGCAAUUGACGUCCUUGGUCGCCUGCUGUCGGCCCGAGGCUCGAUACAUCUCUUGCGAAGCAUCGCUCUGCUCGUUGUCUUCUGGUAUGAGCGGCUGAUCUUCGACGCCUCGGCGCUAUCCUGCCUAGCGACACCACCCACGUCGCCCGGCUCGUCGUCGCUCAAGUACAACGCACCGCUGCGCUCCGUGAGCAUCGUUCUGCUUGCGGACCCACAGCUCAUCGACGUCGAGACCUACCCGCGGCUCAAGGCGCUCCCUUGGCCAUGGCGGCGCAUCAGCCAGGCAGCCGUGCGAUGGGCCAGCGACACAUACGUCCGCAAAGCGCACAUGGCUGUCGUGCGACCUUCCGGCAGGAGGCAGACGACGGGCACGAUUGUCCUGGGCGACUUGCUGGACGGAGCGAGGCGGCCCGUAAGGAGCGUAGAGGAGAUGCAGGACUACACGAGCCUCGUGGGCAGAUUCCGUGCCGCCGUUCCGGAGACGGUGCCGAGCCUUUACAUGCCGGGGAACCACGACAUUCGGCUACCUGUGUCGCAGGACGCGAAGCUGCGGGAAGAGUACGAUGACAGCAGGAGCCGAUGGCUGGCGCACUGGGGCCUUCGACGUAAUGGCUGGGGCAGGACAACGUGGAGCGUGGACGCAGACGUGGGAGGGGAUCGGACAAACGUGCUUGUCAGACCCAAGGGUAGCGGGCCCAGGGUCACAGUGACGGAUGAGAACGAAGAGUUGAACCCGACGAUCAAUGCGAGGAUCCCCUUGUAUCUCGACAAGACGUCUGAGCGCCCUUCGCACGAGAUUAUCAUUGUCGAUUCUACAGAGCUCGUAGGCAUGCAGGCGCUCGAGGACGCCUCUGCCACGACGAGCAACCCUCUCGGCUGGACAAAGGAGGCUAUCAAGCGCUUCCCCUCGACAUACUACUUUGUCGAGGCGAUCAAGACAGAGUGGAACCCCAAAAAGGCGCAGCUGCAGCCUCAACGCAUCCUCUUUUCGCACAUCCCACUCUGGCGCGAAAAAGAGGAGGAAUGUAAUUGGGUUGGGGCCAAGCACAAGAUCAGACGGGAGCAUUCGGGAAGCCUCGUUCAAGGAAGCGAUGCCGAGCAGACGUAUCGGAAUCUGAUCUCGCCCGACGUUUCUUCGUGGCUCAUGCGCUCCAUCAAGCCAGACGUCAUCUUCUCGGGAGACGACCACGACCAUUGUGAGGUGGUGCACUCAUACGCUAGCAUGGGAGACUUGACGGAAAUGGCCCAGAUGCCGGGAGAGGGCCUCACAAGUCAGGGGAUUCGGAAUGCGCCCGAGAUGGAAAAGGGCCAGGCAAUGGAGCUCACAGUCAAGUCCAUGAGCAUGACUGAGGGCGUUCGACGGCCUGGCUACGCGCGCCUCAGGCUGGACCUGGUCGAUGAUCGUCCCGGCGGCAGAUUUCACCCUUUUGCAAACGACCCAGCUUUGGCGGGGACCAAUGCCUCGUAUGCCCCUUCGCUUGCCUAUGUUCCCUGCUCGCUGCCGUCGCAACUCACCAUCUGGACUCUUUCCUACCCAAUCUGGCUCCUCCUCGUCACGUUGGCCCUCGUGCUGGAUCGACGCUUCAGAUUCAUGCAUCGGCUCGACAAGGCUGUUCGGGACACUAUUGUCGGGUGGAGGCUCGCCCUCGGUUCGAUUCCCGAUGAAGAUGAGGACGACGACGAAGUUGGAGAAGCUGCCGCGGAGGCAGAAAGAUUCGAGGUGGGCGACGAUGAGGAAGACGAGGACGAAAAGGGCGAUUCGACAGAAGGUGAAGACGACGAAGACGACCAGCAUGAGGAGGGCGAUGUGGUCUUUGACAGGGAUGAUGAGGAGACAAAUGGAAAUGGGGAGUCAUGGGCGCUCGUCGAGGAGGGCAGGAAGGGAGGGCCUAAGGGGAAAAGCCGUGCUACGACAGCCUUUACAUCGGGCGAGGGCAGUAGCAGUCGACGGAAGAAGAGCAGCAAGCAAAAGACCUCGCGAGGGAAGCCGCGAAAGGCAGGCAAGAAAAUCCGCUUUGGAAAUGCUGCCUCACCCUCGGCAAGACCAGCGACGACGCUACUGGGGCGAAUCUCCAAAUUUUUGGCGAUUGGGGGUGGGAACGGCUACAAGAGGAUCUCGUCAAGAUUGAGCGGUGGAAUGGGGACUAGCAGCAAUUUCGGCAGCCGAGCCUGGCGCGAGAUUCGGAGACUGAGCUACACGGGCGAAGGUGUGCGGCUCGAUCGAGGGCCGAUGGUGGAAUGGGUCCAGGUCAUUGGCUGGGCAAUCGCUCUCUGGGUGUGGUUGCAACUGUUCUGAGACAGUAGAGAGUGAUCAUUCCAAUACAAUACAAGUCAAAGAA